CCCAUAUAUAAACCCCAAAACCACACUGCAUCGCCUCUGCAACACAUUUCAUACAGAUUAUCAUCACAAAGCUUCGCUCAGUGCUCGUCAAUCAUCUCAGUUUUGCCUCGGAGUAUCCGAAGCAGAACUUGUUCAGUUUUAGGCGGUGACCUUUAAGCAGCAGUCAAGAUGGUGAAGUUUACAGCAGAUGGACUCCGAGCUAUCAUGGACAAAAAGAAUAACAUUCGUAACAUGUCUGUUAUUGCACAUGUUGAUCAUGGGAAAUCCACUCUUACUGAUUCUUUAGUGGCUGCUGCUGGUAUCAUUGCACAAGAAGUAGCUGGUGAUGUGCGAAUGACUGAUACUCGUGCAGAUGAAGCUGAGCGUGGUAUCACAAUCAAGUCUACUGGGAUUUCACUUUAUUAUGAAAUGACAGAUGCAUCUUUGAAUAGCUACAAAGGGGAGAGGGAUGGCAAUGAGUACCUGAUCAAUCUUAUAGACUCUCCUGGACAUGUGGACUUUUCAUCAGAAGUUACUGCAGCUUUACGUAUCACUGAUGGAGCACUUGUUGUUGUCGAUUGCAUUGAAGGUGUAUGUGUCCAGACAGAAACUGUCCUUCGACAAGCCCUUGGAGAAAGGAUACGACCUGUCUUGACUGUAAACAAAAUGGACAGGUGUUUUCUUGAGCUACAGGUUGAUGGCGAGGAAGCAUACCAGACAUUUCAGAGAGUCAUUGAGAAUGCCAAUGUCAUUAUGGCCACCUACGAGGAUCCUCUCCUCGGUGAUGUUCAGGUUUAUCCUGAGAAAGGUACAGUUGCCUUCUCAGCUGGGUUGCAUGGUUGGGCUUUCACUCUGACAAAUUUUGCAAAAAUGUAUGCCUCAAAGUUUGGUGUUGAUGAGGCUAAGAUGAUGGAAAGACUCUGGGGUGAGAAUUUCUUCGAUCCAGCUACGAAGAAAUGGACCACCAAGCAUACUGGUACUUCUACAUGCAAGCGUGGCUUUGUUCAAUUCUGUUAUGAACCCAUAAAACAGAUAAUUAACACUUGCAUGAACGAUCAGAAAGAUAAACUGUGGCCCAUGCUGCAGAAACUUAAUGUUACAAUGAAGUCUGAUGAAAAGGAAUUGAUGGGAAAACCCUUGAUGAAACGUGUGAUGCAAAACUGGCUUCCUGCAAGUACAGCUCUCCUAGAAAUGAUGAUUUUCCAUCUUCCAUCUCCCUCAAAGGCUCAAAAGUAUCGUGUGGAGAACUUGUACGAGGGACCACUGGAUGAUAUCUAUGCCAAUGCUAUUAGAAAUUGUGAUCCAAACGGACCUCUCAUGCUAUAUGUUUCUAAGAUGAUUCCAGCUUCUGAUAAAGGUAGAUUUUUUGCCUUUGGUCGUGUGUUUGCUGGCAAGGUCUCCACUGGUCUGAAGGUCAGGAUCAUGGGGCCAAACUAUGUCCCUGGUGAGAAGAAGGAUCUAUAUGUUAAGAGUGUUCAGAGAACAGUUAUUUGGAUGGGGAAGAAACAGGAAACUGUUGAGGAUGUGCCAUGUGGAAACACCGUUGCAAUGGUUGGCUUGGAUCAGUUCAUCACGAAGAACGCUACUCUGACAAAUGAGAAAGAAGUAGAUGCUCACCCCAUUAAAGCCAUGAAGUUUUCUGUGUCCCCUGUUGUCCGUGUUGCUGUGCAGUGCAAAGUGGCCUCAGACCUUCCCAAACUUGUGGAAGGACUAAAGCGUUUGGCAAAGUCUGAUCCUAUGGUUGUCUGUACCAUUGAGGAGUCUGGGGAGCAUAUUGUAGCAGGUGCUGGAGAACUGCACCUUGAGAUAUGCCUGAAGGACUUGCAGGAUGAUUUUAUGGGAGGUGCAGAAAUUAUCAUGUCUGAUCCGGUUGUUUCCUUCCGUGAAACUGUCCUUGAAAAGUCUUCUCGUACUGUGAUGAGCAAGUCUCCCAACAAGCAUAAUCGAUUGUACAUGGAAGCCAGACCACUUGAAGAGGGACUACCUGAGGCUAUUGAUGAUGGAAGAAUUGGUCCGAGGGAUGAUCCUAAGGCUCGUUCCAAAAUUUUAUCUGAGGAAUUUGGCUGGGACAAAGAUCUUGCAAAGAAGAUCUGGUGUUUUGGUCCGGAAACAACUGGCCCGAAUAUGGUAGUUGAUAUGUGUAAAGGAGUGCAAUAUCUCAAUGAAAUCAAGGAUUCAGUUGUAGCUGGUUUCCAGUGGGCAUCCAAGGAAGGUGCCUUGGCCGAAGAGAACAUGAGAGGUAUCUGUUUUGAGGUGUGUGAUGUUGUUCUUCAUGCAGAUGCUAUUCACAGGGGUGGUGGCCAGGUUAUCCCAACUGCCAGGAGGGUUAUAUAUGCAUCGCAACUAACUGCUAAACCCCGACUUUUGGAGCCUGUGUACCUGGUGGAGAUUCAAGCACCUGAGCAAGCCCUUGGUGGAAUCUACAGUGUUCUGAAUCAGAAACGUGGUCAUGUGUUUGAGGAAAUGCAGAGGCCUGGUACACCACUCUAUAACAUCAAGGCCUAUCUCCCUGUUAUUGAGUCAUUUGGUUUCUCUGGCCAGUUGAGAGCUUCUACAUCAGGGCAGGCCUUCCCUCAGUGUGUGUUUGAUCACUGGGACAUGAUGUCAUCUGAUCCACUGGAGGCUGGAACCCAGGCAUCAACGCUUGUGGCUGACAUUAGAAAGAGGAAGGGCUUGAAGCAGCAGAUGACACCUCUAUCUGAGUACGAGGAUAAGCUCUAAGUCUGCAUUUGAUUAGGAAUCUGAUUGGGCAAUAUACUACAUCUCUAUUGUUCUAAACUUUUGCACUAAGUUUCUGAUGCUAUUAUGCUACUGGACUACAGUUUUUGGUUUUUCUAAUUUGGAUUUUGAUGUGGCACUUCUAUUAUAGAUAUGGUGGUUACUAUUGUUUGUGUUUUAAAGAUGCUGUGACAGUCUAGCAACUGCUAGUAUAUCUGAAACAUGUUUUUAAAUCGUUUCUCCUUAUCUGUCUUAUGGAAUGUUUGGUAUUCUUGAAUCA